AUGCCUUUUCAAGCCGUACUUCAAUUUGUCAACGUCCAGUCCCCAAUAACACGCAUGCCUCAUCAUGGUAUGGCUAGUGAAAGUCCCAGUCCGAAGCUGCAGUUCUUCUACGUUGCCGUCGGUGGUGUCAUAUUCGAUAGUUUAUCGCUGUUUGAUGGUCCACUCCGCCGUCUUGUUGACGAACUCCGGAACAAUCCGCUGUUUCCAGUAUGGAUGCGCUGCGCGAGAGCUGAGGAGUACGUGAUUUACCAUCUUCUCUUCUACUACGGAAAAUCCAUAGUCCACGUCUGCUACACCUUUCUUCUUGUCCUCAGUCCUCCUCUUUCUGAACAACUCUUGGUUGCAUGCCAGGAGCUUGGUCUUGCCGUCCUCUGCACUACACUUUCAAAACACUUCAUCUUUCCUGUAAUACCAUAG